UUUCAGAGGAUCCCUGAAGCAGCAGGCGCGCCGCAGGCAGUUCCUUGAGCCUGCUGACACAAAACCUGGACCGGCGACGCCAGAGACAGGGCCUGGAGGGCUACUUGAGCUCAGACUUGCACGGGAGACAGGAAGCCAGACACCUAGAUGAGCCCGGGAGCCUGCAAGCUAAUCCAACAGCCAGACACAGUUGAUGGCUGCAGCUCCACAGGCAGGCACCCCUGAGAGGAGCUGUGGGAAUGGCACACCUGCUGGGCAGCCAGGCCUGCAUGGACAGCCUGCGCAAGGAUCUCACCGACUUGCAGGGCACCAUUGUGGAUGUGUUCUCUCGCGCCGGACCUGUGCGCUUCCCCUCCUGGAAGUUCCCUGACCGUGUGGCCUGUGACCUCGACAUGGUGGCCCUGCUGGAGCACUAUGACCAUGUGCCAGGUGACCCUGAGUUCACACAGCUGUCCCAUGCUGUGCUGCUGGAGCUGGUCAUUGACAGACUCCUGCUGCUGCUUCAGAGCUGUGCCAGCUACCUGGAAAACCUUGGCUCAGAGCAGAUGAUGCCCUCUUCCCAGGCUGUGGGGCCCUGCAUGUCUGUGGGGCUCACAGCGCGGCGCUUCUGGGGCAGCCUGUUGAGGCUAGGCGUGCUCUAUCAGCAGACAGCCCCCCAGGAAAGGGCAAGCCAAGGGGAAAGCCCCACCUCCAAACCCACAGCCAAGGGCAAGUCAGCCAGGAGCCCUGAAUGUGUUACUGCCAAGUUUAUCGAGCCUCCCUCUCCAACAUCAUGCUCACACCAGAUCUGCCAAGGGCCGCAGAGCGUCCCCAUCUCUCUGAAGUACCCCGCCAGGACCUCUGAGAACACCAGGAGUGUCUACUCCCAGACCAUUGAAACAGCCCUGGUACCCUGUGAUGCGUGCACCAGCGUCCAGGGCAGCCUGUGGGACGUGAGCAAGGUGAUCAUCAGCCUUUGUCAGAGCCAGAACUUGCCUUCAUCCUUGGGCCAGUUCCAGCAGCUGGUGCAGGACAGCGUGGGGAUCAAGCCCCUACCAGCUGCCACCAUGAGCCAUUGGGCAGAAAAGCAGAGCAAAGACCUAACGUGCCUCAGUAAGCACGUGGCGGCCCUCUCUCAGCUUGUUGGGCCUCUCAGGGCCCAGCUGGAGGAGACUGAGGGGCAGAAGGACAGCCUGAGGAAGCAGGUGGACAAGCUGGAGCAGGACUUGCGGCAGGAGCAGGGUGAGCGGCGGCGGCAGGAGGAAGAGUCCAAGCAGCACCUGAGCAAGUGGGAGUGUGACAGGCAACAACUGCUUGCAGAAAUAUGUGAUCUAAAGACACAGGUGGUCAACCUCAAGGGAGAGCUGAAGCAGCAGCAGGAGUCCAUGCAGGCCAUGGAGCCAAAGGCCCAGCAGCUGCAGGAGGAAGUUGAGCACAGGGUGGCAGCCGAGAGGCAGGUGCAGCAGCUAGAGGAGCAGGUGCAGCUGCUGGCAGGACGGCUGGAUGGAGCUGGACAGCAGAUCCGCUGGGCCAGCACGGAGCUGGACAAGGAGAAGGCCCGUGUGGACAGCAUGGUUCGUCACCAGGAGUCCCUGCAAGCCAAACAGCGGGCCCUGCUACAGCAGCUGGACAGCCUAGACCAGGAGCGGGAGGAGCUGCAGAGAGGUCUGGACGAGGCUGAGGGCCAGCGGGCCCAGAUGGAGGAGCAGCUCCAGAGCCUACAGAGUGAGAAGGAGCAGGGACAGUGCCAGCUCCAGGCCCAGCAGGAGCUGCUGCAGGGCCUGCAGCGGGAGAAGCAGGACCUGGAACACGUGACGACAGACCUGCGGCUGACUGUAGUGGACCUGCAACAGGAGAUGGCGGAGCUGAGGGAGCAGGAGCGACUGCUAGUGGCCUUCCCUGACCUACAGAGGCCCAUGGAGGACCCGAUCCAAAGCUCUGGCAACAUCACAGACGACAUGGAGAGGCAAGUACAGGCCAAUGACAUCCGCAUCCGGAUCCUGCAGGAGGAGAAUGGCCGGCUCCAGUCAAUGCUAUCCAAAAUCCGUGAGGUGGCCCAGCAAGGGGCUCUCAAGCUGAUCCCGCAGGACCAACUGUGGUCCCCUCCUGGCAAGGGUACCCAGAGAGCAACACCCGUGGCCCAGGCCCAGAGGGUGUCCCCAAGGCCCCUAAGCAGGCGGUACCUUCCUAGCAGCACGAUGGGCAGCACAAGCUGGACCCCGCCAGGCCAUCCCCAAAGAUCCCCUCCUCAGCAGCCCAGCAAAUGGCCCAGCAAGUCUUCCCUCAAGGAUGUGACUCACUCUGCCACCUGUACUCAGAACCCCAUCCGGGCCUUGGCCAGGCUGAGGAGGAGACUCUCACCAAAUCAGGGCCCGGCGAGCUCUGCACAACAGUCCCAGGAGCGGUUCACCUAACUUACGGCAGGGACAGGGCUGUUGGGAGGCGGCUGGCAACUUCCCAAUGGAAUAAAGCCCCAGCCAUGUCCACGGCAUUCUUGGCCUCAGCAUGGCUCAGCUGGAGGAACAGCCCUUCUCUCCCUUUGCAGGACAUGGGUCAGGAGAGACUCAGCCAGCAAGCCCUGGCACUGUGAGCUAUCAGUAGGGGGAUUGCUUUCUGCCUCUCUCUGGGUAGGCUGUGGGUGAGGAGAGCACAUCAGGGGCAGAAAGAAGCUUCUAGUACCUGGGCCAGGUGAAGGGCCCUUCCACUACCACAGCAAGAGUCAAGGAGUAAAGCUGGACACAGUGACUGGCACCCCCUGAGCUGCCUGUGUCAGGGUGACGGUGUACUGGGAAAGGGCCAGCGAGGAAUCUGAGGCCAGGAUCUUGGCUCUGGGCUCACGAAAACAGGCAGAAGACAGUGACAGCUUCAGCCUCCCACCUUGGCUUUAAACCUGGGCCGGGGGACAUUAAGGACUCAAGAAUACCAGGCAUCCUUUCACCGAGGAACUCCUUGCCUUUAGGGACUGCUGAGAGAACAAAGGAGUUCUCUACCUCCUGAAGGUUAGAGCCCAAGAGGCCACCAAACGCAGGGCCAGGCCUUUGAAGACUUUAGCCAGCUCUGACUUUACAAGGCCUAGACCUUGGGGCCUGUUCAACCUAGCGUGCCAUGUGGCUGGGCAUUCACGUCACCAAACACCCCAGGCACACAGUGGUCAUUGUCCUUAAGAAGGAAGAUACUGGCCCCAUGAGUCUUCCGUUUGUCUGUGAAGGAUAAGCUUGGAGACCUUGCUGAGGACUUUUUUUUUCCUUCUAGUACCAGGGAUUGAACCCAUGGCCUCAUGCAUGCUAGGCAAACAGUCUGCCACUGAGCGACACUCCCAGCCCCCUCACUAAGGACUUCUCAGGCUGUGCUCUCAGCCUUCUGUGGCAUUUCCUCUGGUGAGGAUGGUAAGGAGACCAUCAUGUGGAGCUCUGCAGGUAACAGAAGAGGAUCAAGAGGGGUCACGUGUAGCAGGCCAGCACUGUUAGGUCUGCCUAACUCCCGCUUCUGAGAAGUCCCAGAGUUCUUGAAGAGGCUGGGAUGCCUUGGGCCAUCCCUAAGGGGAGAGCCAGCCAUUGGGGGUGGCUCCCUGAGCAGUUGGGCCAGCCCAGGUCCAGCGGGGAAGCCCUCUCACAGCUGAACGACUCUCUCAGGCCUCUCCCAACAUGGCAUCCAUUCAUCAACUCACAGUUCUGCAGGUCCACAGUCCAAGUCCUGCAUGGCUAGGGUUCUUGGCAUAGGGUCUUAGGAGGUGGAAAUUAAGGUAUUCACCAGGGCGUAUUUCUGUCAGCCCUGGGGAAUAAUCUUCCAAGCUCAUUCUGGUUGCUGGCUGAAUUCAGUCCUGUAGGACUAAGGUUCCUAGUUCCAUCUUCCUUACCUCAUGGCCCCUCCAUCUUCAGGUGAGCAGCAGAAAAUGUUGCAGCAUUGAAUCCCUUUUGUGCUUCAAGUCUCUGACUUCUGCCAGCCAGGGGAAACUGCUUCUAAUGGGCUUGUGUGUCGAUCAGGCCCACUAGGGUGCUUUCCCCAUCUUAAGGUCAGCUCUGCAUAUAACAUAACCUGAUCAUGGGGGUGACAUCCCGUAGAGUCACCACUGCACAGAUUAUACAGGGUGUUCAUGGUAGGGUGGGGGUGGGAGGCCUUGGGGGUCAUCUGAGAACUCUGCCCGCCACUGGCAGUAGAAACCAAGGCAACUUUUAAAAAAAAUCUUAAAAACAGCCACAUAAACUUUACAUCUUAUGUUAAAAUAAAUCCAUGUUUAUUUUACUAUUAAAA